AUGGUGAGAACUCCAUGCUGUGACAAGGCUGGACUGAAGAAUGGUACUUGGACUCCAGAUGAAGAUAGAAAGUUAAUAGCUUAUAUCACCCAGUACGGGUGUUGGAACUGGCGUCAACUUCCCAAGUAUGCAGCCCAUUCACCAGGAAGAACAGACAAUGAGAUUAAAAACCACUGGCACACCUACCUCAAGAAACGCUCAAAGCAAAACUCAACUUGCGAUGAACCAAAAGUGAGCUCCGACGAUCAUUCUCACGGUGAAACCAGCAGUACUGAUCAACCAUCUCCUUUAAACCCUGAAAAUCACCGAAUCCUUGAAAGCUGCCCAUUGUCUCCACAACUAGUUUCUGGUGAAUUUUCGACUUCAACCACAGAUUCUGCCGGAGAAAACGGCAGAGAGUUAGGCCGAGAUGAUGAUGUUUCUCCGGCGGAAAUAUUUGCAGAACCGGUCGGAGAUUUUUGGACAGAACCAUUUUUGGAAGACGAUUACAACAGCAUGAACGACUUCGUGGCGCCAUUUGUAGAUCCUGGGCUUUUGUAUCCACCUUCUCCGAUUACUGGGGUGGAAUUUUCAUGCUCAGAUGGUUUGUAUAAUGAUCAGAAUUACGCCUUAAACUGGUAA